AUGAAAACGAAGGAUCCGCGAAUGUCCUUUCGCAUCUCCAAGUCCAGACGAAAGCCUGAGAUUCCUGGAACCUCGGUCAUCUCCAUAAAUGAACAAGAAAUUCCUGGCUCUUCUGUAAUGUCAUUAGACUAUCCGAGCAAAGCACAACUGAACAAGGGUACCAAGUCAUUGCACGCGACAUCGUACGUGUUUGCAGUAGAUCGAAAUGCCAUUAUCUCCAAGAAGAAGAUCGUUCCAGGCACCUCCAUAAUCAGAAUUAUUCAGAAAAGAGAUAACUACAUCAACUCAGAUACCGGCGGUAUCAAAUAUCCUGAGAUGUCAGGAAAGCGAAUAUUCGCCAAUGAAGUGGAAGCUGAACCAUCGUCGAAAUAUCAGAAUGACUCGUCGUCUUCUACAGUAUUCAAUAUUGAAAAUAUGACUGACUUUCCUAUAGGAGAAACUACAGACUUUGAAAUUUCGCCGUCCACCUUGAAACUGAACCUAGAAUUCGGCUCUGAGUUUGCAUUUGCCAUAGGUCCUGUGGUUGGUGAUCUGAGGUCUAGAGAAAGCUCUCCCAGACCUGACUGUGAUCGCGUAGAAUCUACAAUAGUAUUAGAAACAGGCUCAAGAAAACAUACGACCACAGAAAACAAAAUACAAUCAGUGACAACUCCCUAUGUAUGGGAUAGUCUGGUUACUAGCAAAAAUGCAACGGCAAACAAACAUCAUUCGGCCAUAAUACGAACUAAGCAGCAAUCGACGUUUUCUGUAAAUUUGCUGCCCCACACAAAUCUGUCACCAGGACGGGCACUCAAAUUCAAAUUGCGGGAAGACAAGCGGGAGAAAGCAGUUCCGGGAACUUCUAUCAUAUUUGAGAAUAACGAAAUUACAAACUUAUCGAAUCAAGGGGGAAAGAAGUCUUCCACUGGCUUACGGUUGGCUGACCAGGGUACCAAGGCCUGGCAGGUCUUUACCACCGGCAAAAACUAG